CGUUCGCUGCUUCGCAAAUCUCUUUGUUUUCAUGCGAGUAGUCUCCCCUACAACUUCUUCUCCUUCGUUCGCUGCUUCGCAAAUCUCUUUGUUUUUUCUUUCUUUUAAUCUCUCUCUGCCUCUCUGGUUUCAUUUGUGUACGAUCAAUCGAAGAUGACGAACCAGUUGGAGAGCUUGGUGGAGUCGAUCAAGUCAAAGGUGAGAGCUCUGAAGAAGAAGUCGAAGAAACCCUACAUAAAGAUGGACAAGAGCUCCAGCGUCAAGGUUGAGAUCCGAAGCAGAAAGGCUCGCAAAAUCAUUGAGAAGACCCUCAAGCUUGCUGAUCGUCCUGGAAAGCAUUUUGUCUCUUGAAAUGUGACAAAUGUCCACAUACAUUAACAUUUCUGUAUCCGAUCUGUAUGUAUACGGUAAUACGUAUAUGUACACCCAAUUAAUAUUGCUCCAAUGGUUCAUAUGUAGUUAGCUAGGUGAAUUAGCUAGUGAUGUGGUCGUCUGUGUUUUUGUUUUCCUUUGUUGGCUUCCGAUCCUGUGUUUCGACGUUUGAACCGUUUCGGAUUGCUUGAUGAAUCAAUGAAUUAUGAUUCUGUUUGAUGACUAUUUGUGUCUCUCAUGAUUGAUAAUUAAUUAUGAUCCAAUUCAAGUUCCUUUA